AUGUCCGACACAUCGACCGAAUUCAGUCCCUCGCCGGCACGCCGGCCUGCCCGAUUCACAGCCAAGGGUGGUCUAAAGCCUCCUGACAAGAAACUUCACCUGCCCACCAAGUGUGCCCUUCCUUCCAACCAGGACAACAUCAAGCCCUUGAGCCUCACCGAACAGCUCCUUGCCCGUCUUUCUGAGCAGGAGGAGCGCUUUACGCAGCAGCGGAAAGCCCUUAAAGACACGUCUGGUUCCACUGACUUCUACUCUCGUGGCCUUCUCAAGAUGGCGAGCAGCAACUCUCUCCCCGUCACUCCUACGGUCGGAGAGCAUCACGCCCCUAACCCAACUACCCGACCCGCCAGUGUCGACCAGAAGGAGGCCAAGUCUAUGGACGAUGAAGUUGCUCGUCUCAAGGCCGAGCUAGCCCAGGCCCACAACAAGAUCUCUUGUCUCGACCAGGAGCUCGUCCAGAAGCGGGAGGCUGUCCCCAUGAAGUUGGAAGUUAACACUCAGAAGGCCAAUUUCUCGGCUGUCGAUUUCGUCGGCCGUCCCUCGUCUGCCGGCUUCAGGCGCGGUAAUGGCUGGAACUCUCCUGAUGCUGUUUACCUUGGCGGCGGCGAUGCCAUGAACGAUAACAUCAGCGAUCGCUCGCGUGGUGGCUGGAGCUCUUCCAAAACUCCUUGGCAGGUGGCCAACUACGCCAUCACUGAGCCUAGCCCGAUCAACAAUCACGUUGGCGGUGGUGUUGCGCUCUACAACAACAGCAUGGAUGUCAACAGUUCGUACCGCAUGUUGGACAAUGUACAACCGGAGAGGCUCGCUCCAGAGCCAGACCUCUAUGUUCGCAAUCACGGUGGCCGACGCGGCAACAACAACAACAUUGGUGGUCGCUAUCCCUCCUAUUCGUAUGGUGGCAAUGGCUAUACCCAGAGCAACUACGCCACUACUACGUAUGCCACCAGUAACUACGCUCCCAGCAGCUAUGGUGGCUACAGUCCCACCCCCAAUCAGUUUGACCCCGCCAUCGGGCACAAGAACAACGUUGAGGUGCCUCUGUAUCCCACUUAUAACCCGUCGAACAGGACUGGGCUCUCACCUCAUGCUCUGGAGUUUCACUCCAACACGAGCUGGAAGGAUGAGGCUACUGCUGCCGAGGGACAGACCUUUCUUCCCACUACCGAGCCCAUGAACUAUCGCCGCCUCCUGGACAAGAACGCGUCGUGCGACUGGAAUUACAUUGUCGACAAGAUUGUAUGCCACAAUGACCAGCAGGCCUCAAUCUUCCUCCAGCAGAAACUCAAGGUGGGCACUCCUGACCAGAAAUAUGACAUCGUCGAGGCUAUCAUUGCCCAAGCCUAUGCUCUGAUGGUCAAUCGCUUUGGCAAUUUCUUGGUUCAGCGCUGUUUCGAGCAUGGUACUCCCGAGCAGGUUGUCAAGAUUGCUGAAGCUAUUCGUGGUCACACCCUGAACCUCUCGAUGGACCCAUUCGGCUGCCACGUUGUCCAGAAGGCUUUCGACGCCGUUCCCGAGGAAUACAAAGCUAUCAUGGUCCAGGAGCUUCUCCGCCGGAUCCCUGAGACCGUCAUCCACCGCUAUGCUUGUCACGUGUGGCAGAAGCUCUUCGAGCUGCGUUGGUCCGAGACUCCCCCUCAGAUCAUGAAGUAUGUCAACGAAUCUCUUCGUGGCAUGUGGCAUGAGGUCGCUCUCGGUGAGACGGGUAGUCUAGUUGUUCAAAACAUAUUUGAGAACUGUCUCGAAGAGGACAAGCGACCCUGCAUCGAGGAGGUCCUCAUCAACAUUGACAUUGUCGCCCAUGGCCAGUUUGGCAACUGGUGUAUCCAGCAUAUCUGCGAGCAUGGUGCCCCGCCUGACCGCAGCCGUGCCAUCGAUCAUGUCAUCCGCUACGCGUCUGAGUACAGUACCGACCAAUUUGCGUCCAAGGUCGUCGAGAAGUGCCUCAAGAUUGGAGGCCCCGAAUUCCUUGGCCGUUACCUUGAUCGCGUUUGCGAAGGUCGUCGAGACCGCCCGCGUAUUCCGUUGAUCGACAUUUCGAGCGAUCAGUACGGCAACUACCUGGUCCAGUACAUUCUCACUCAUGCGGGCCCCCAGCACCGCGAAAUGGUGCAGGCUCACAUUCGAAAACACAUGGUCUCUCUGCGUGGCUCCAAAUUCGGCUCCCGUGUUGGUAUGCUCUGCACCAACCCCGCUGUCGUCACCCGACCUGGUCCUGGCGUCGGGCCUGGCAUGCCUCGCAUGGGUGGUGGUAGUGCUGGCCACCGUGGCUUCGGCAACCCCUAUCGCUAG